GAGGAGGAGGAGGCAGAGGGAGGGGAAGGGAGCCCAGUCCGCCCAGCAGCGCGAUCUUAGGGAGGUGAAUACAGUGGGUAUCAGCCGGCGGUCCGGCCCAGCUACACGAACCGAGCCUCGGGACCCGCAUACAGCUUCCAUUUUCAGGUUUCCUAGAUGCGAAUUAAGGCACUACCGGCUAAAAGCAGUUGCAUCAAAUAGCACAAUAUGACCGACAUUCCAAUAGACAAAUCCAAUCUUCCCCGGGUCAAUGAUGUUUGCCGUGACUUUGCAGUGCUGGAAGACGGUGCCCUGGCUCACUGCUUGCAGGAACAGGAAAUUGAACAGCAUUACGCCUUUAACAUUCGGAAGAACAAACUUGUUCAGAAGGACAUCCGAAUUGCAAAGAAGCUCCAGGAUGAAGAGGAUCUGCAGUGCAAGGUCUUCAGCCUAGAAAAGCAAAAAGAAAUUGAGGAACUAGACUCAGAAUAUGCUCGUGCCAUCCAAGAAGAGCUCCAAAAAAAAGCCCAGGAGUGCUUGCAGAGAGAAGAGAAAGACAAGGAAAUAGCCAAACGCUUGCAGCAACUUGAGGAGCAGGAACUGCGCAGGAAGAGCUACGACAGGUCCAUGGGAGAACACAGCAGCCUUCAGCACCCGCAAUACCUGACAGCUUUGGACUGUGAGGAGGAGGAGUACCUCUUCCAAAGUGGUAGUAAAAAUCAGCUAAAUGCAUCCGAUUACAGACGAGCACAUUGGAAUUCAGACCAAGACCAUAGCCUGAGACAGUGUGAGGAACCGCUCAGCGGCAUAAAUUCUUCUCACAAAAGCAAUUCCAACAAAGUGUCCUUUGGGCAAGUUCUUUAUGACACUAACAAUGCUAAAAAUGGCAAUUCAGCAGAUAUAUGGAAAGAAUCAAGCUGUAGAGAACCAGUACAGGUUCCAUAUAGGCAUCCUAGAAAUUCACUGGAACGAAGCCCAUGCCAUCCGAGCUGCACUGAGACACAGCAUGCCCAUGAUAGGGAAAUGAGUCGGAAACAGGAGAAAAUAAGGGGGCACAGAGAGAAACACUGUAAGCAUUACUCUGAGAGGUGCAGACGCUCAAGCUCAGACAGCGAUGACUGUCCUGAACAUUCAGUCAGGGACAAGCGAAGUCGACGUUCCCAGUGGAAUCAAACUAAAGAUCACCACCACCAUCAUCAUCGUCCCUUGAAUAACCUUUCCUCUAGGAUAUCAAGUCACGUUUUGAGAUCAGGUGAAGAAGCGAGGCCAACCUUUGAUAUAGAACCAUUAGAGUGGCAGAUGUCAGAGUUGCAAGUUCAGAACCCUGACCAGCUCCUGAAAGAUGAAGAAUUGGCUCGGCGAUUACAGGAGCAAGAGGAGAAACGCAUAGCCAAAAAGAAACUGCAGGAACAGCAGGAAGACUUUCGGGCUGCCCAGGUUGCACAGGAUGAGGAAAUUGCCAAGUACAUUCAGAGACAGGAGCUAAAAGCUCACAGACGGUCAGAAGAGCUGGAUCUACAAAGAGAGAGUGAUGAUGACAGCAGCCUCUGUAGCUAUUCUGAGAGGAGGUGUAUAGCACUUAAGAAUGAAGUGCCUUCCUGUAGCCAAGGACGACUGGAUUCAGAGGGCCUGUCUUCUCCUGCCGAAUGUCGCACCCCAGAAAGAAUGAACAGCUCAAGAACGGAAGGAAGCGCCGACCAGACUAAGCUCAGCUCACCCAGGAAUAUUGCGGAAGAACUCGAUCCGACAUUCAAAUCAAAAAGGGAAUUAAAUAAUGAUGUUUUUACAGAAUGUUCUCAAGUAUCGGUGCAGGCCAACCCAAUCCCAGUAGACGGUUUCUACGACUUCAUGGAUGAUGGCACAGAGCCAGUCUUUAUACCACCGACGAAGCGCCAGCCGGAGAAACUAGGGCGCAGCAAACCCAAAGACAAGAAGGAGGGCUGCAAACAGCAGUGACUUGUUCUUCCCCCUAGCAGUCAUCUUACUUAUUGCCAAACUCUGUCCUGUCUCCAGUCAGCAUCGUGGAUCUCUUCAGUGUGCGUCAACACAAGUGGUAUUAACUCAUUCAGGGAUGAAGAAAAAGAUAAUCUGAUAAUUCUGCAUUCAUGUGCCUUAGGCAUUUCUUGACUCUAGAGAAUGGCUUUUUUAAUAUUGUCAGACCAUGACUCCCAGGUUGGGCAAAUCAAUGAGAAAAAAAGCACAUAUUAGCUACAUAUUGUCUGAUCCCUAAGAGGAUUGAUAUUCAUAUUAUUAUUAUUAUUAUUAUUAUUAUAAAUAUUAUUCUAAGCAGUGUUUUAUUUACUAUAAACAAGAGAAUGGAAUAUGAUAAUGACUCAUUGUGACUUGCAUAUUUAAACCAUCGUGUUAAUGCCUUUUCAGUUCAUAGUGAAAAUGAAAAUGGAUGAUAAACUUGCAUCGAUUUGAAAAGAAAUAUUUACAGCAGACAAUUUUGUAAUAGUAUUACCAUGUGGUCUGUGAAAGUCCACCUUAUCUAUUGUACUGAACCACUGAUGUCACAACCUUGGCACCCUCAGGUGUUUGACUGUAUCAGGGAAGCUGGGAGUUGUAGUUCAGUAGCUGAAGUGCUCAGGUUGGAUAUCAGAUUCCCAUUGGCAAUCUUGGAAUUGCAGGAAAUGCAGCAUUCAAUAUGAGUACAAUUUUUUUUUUUUUUUUGUUCAUUAUUCCAAUACUUUCUGGUGCUUUUAUGUAUAGAUUCCCAAAUGCCUUUAGAAUUUACUUUAAACAACAUGUUUUUAUAUAAAAUACAAGCA